AUGGCAGACUUUAUUGCUAGUUUUAAUAAGCUUUCUCUUCAGGAGAUAGCUGGAGCUUCGGAAAAUUUAUUUCCAGAUUUGUCCGACGAAGAAAAAGCAUUGGGAUCACAGGCCCAAACUCUCUCAACGAAAUUAGAUGAAGAACAUGCUGUAAUUUCUUUAAAUGAUCAUCUAAGGACUAAGACCUUUGUGUCAGGCAACCGUCCAUCAAAAUAUGAUUUGGUAGUUUUUCAAAAGGUGUUACCUGUUGCAUCUAAAUGGAAAUCGCCAGAGGAGUGGGCAAACUUUAGACACAUUUUACGUUGGGCAGAUUUAGUACAAAAUACGUUAGUCGAGGUUUCCCCAAGCGAAGUGUUGCAGAUAAACUAUGACAUAGAAAUCCCUAAGGAAGUUAAAGAGAAGAAGAAAGCCACCAAGGAAAACAAAGAUGAAGCGCCAGCCAUUCCAGCACCGAAAUCAAAGAAGGGAGAUUUGAAUGAAGAUGAGAAGAAGGCUAUUGCAGAAGCCCAAAAGGCCAAGAAAGCUGCAAAAGCUAAAGCUAGAGCUGAGCAACAGGCGAAGCAGCAAGCAGAAGUUAUUCCUCCAAAUCCUUCCAUGAUCGAUUUUAGAGUUGGUUUCAUUCAGAAGGCCGUCAAGCAUCCAAAUGCUGAUUCUUUGUAUAUGUCAACAAUUGAUAUGGGAGACUCAGAGGGACCAAGAACAGUUUGCUCUGGUUUAGUCAAAUACGUUCCGUUGGAAGAUAUGCAAGAAAGAUAUGUGAUUUGUGUUGCUAACUUGAAGCCUGUUACCAUGAGAGGUGUCAAAUCUUGUGCUAUGGUUCUAUGCGCCUCCAAAGACGACACUAUUGAGUUCGUCAAUCCCCCAGCAGGAUCUAAGCCUGGAGAUAAGAUCUUCUUUGAGGGUUACGAUGGAACACCAGAGAAGCAAUUGAACCCAAAGAAGAAAGUUUGGGAAACCCUUCAACCAAGAUUUUCCACCACCGAGAACUUUGAAGUCACUUACACCGAAGAAGGUAAGGAGCCAAAGAGAUUGGUCAACUCAAAGGGCGAAUUAUGUAAGAAUUCAACCAUCGCAAAAGCUGAUGUUAAAUAA